AUGUCUGACGGAUGGAUUGGGCCCACGAAAUUAAGCAUAAUUAAUUUCAUGGUAUAUUCAAAAGGUAGCACAAUCUUCCUCAAAUCCGUUGAUGCAUCAAAUAAUAUAAAGGACAACAAAUACAUAUAUGGUUUGUUGAAUGAUGUGAUCAAGGAAGUUGGCAAACAAAAUGUGGUCCAAAUAGUUACAGAUAAUGGGUCGGCAUUCGUGAAGGCGGGGAAGUUGUUAAUGAAGAAAUACAAUCUUUAUUGGACUCCGUGUGCAGCACAUUGCAUUGACUUAAUGUUCGAAGACCGUAAAAGGACGAGUGUUGCAGAUCUGAUUACAAAGGCUCGAAAGAUAACCAACUUCAUUUAUAACCAUGGUUGGUUGCUUGCACAGAUGCAGAAGGUGUGUGGUGGAGACAUAGUUCGUCCUCGAGCAACAAGAUUUGCAACCAAUUAUAUAGCCCUCGAGAGUCUUUUGAAAAAGAAAGCAAACUUGAAGAAAGUGUUUAUCAGUGAUGAAUGGGCACAACACAACUUAAGUCGCACAUUAAUCGGCAAAGAAGUUGAAUCACUUAUGUUUGACCAUGCGUACUGGGAAAGAGUGGGAAAGUUAGUGUCAAUAUAUGAGGCGCUAUACACAGUUCUUCGCAUUGUCGAUUCAGAAGUUGUUCCUACAAUGCCAUUUGUGUACGAAUUGAUUCGAGUUAUGAAAGAGAACCUCAUUCGACUUAAUGCUAAAGAAUGGGUGUUAGAAAUAAUUGCAGAUCCAUUCUUUCUUAAUCCAAGAUUUCAAUAUAAACGUGGAGUUGGUACUAAUCCUGAUCUACUUCAAGCUGUUCAUGAAGUCUUUGCGAAAUUAGAUCCUACAUCAGAAGGUCUUAGUCAAUUUGGAAAUGAGAUUAUACUAUUCCGAGAUGCAAAAAAAGGAUUCGGUGAUCGAGCAGCGAUUGCUUCGAGGUCAGAAAUGGUUCCCAUUGAAUGGUGGUUCAUGUAUGGACAUCACACUCCUACAUUAAGAAGGUUGGCCAUUAAGGUUUUAUCGCAAACUGCAUCAUCUUCAGCUUGUGAGAGAAAUUAG